AUGCACAUCAAACGUUUGUGCUUUGUUCUACCAACAGAUGUUGAUGAACACGAAGCAAUUGAUCAUGAAAAACUCAAACAAAAAGCCCAUAAACACAGCUCUUGUGGGACACAAGUUAAAAUUUUCAUUCAAAAGUCCCUGUACAACUUCCUUGAUUCAAAAUGGUUCCAUUGCUGUCAACAGAAGAAAGUCACAGAUGAGCAGUUUUCCGGGAUUUUGCAGUUUCAUGACACAGAAGGCAUGAAGCUGUCAUCAUCAUCAACAGAGGAAGUUGGGUCUGCAAACCCAAGAAUUUUCAGCUAUUCUGAGCUUUACAUAGGCUCAAGAGGAUUCAGCAAGGAAGAAUUGCUUGGAAGUGGUGGUUUUGGCAGAGUUUAUAAAGCUGUUUUGCCCAGUGAUGGAACAGUGGUUGCUGUCAAGUGUUUGGCAGAGAAAGGAGACCGUUUUGAGAAGACAUUUGCUGCUGAAUUGGUUGCUGUUGCUCAUCUUCGCCACCGGAAUCUUGUCCGGCUCAGGGGAUGGCUUGUGGAAACUACUAAAAUUGGAGGAACAAUUGGGUACUUGCCUCCAGAGAGUUUUCAGAAAAGAAGUUUCGCGACUGCGAAAUCUGAUGUGUUCAGCUUUGGAAUUGUGGUGUUGGAGGUUGUUUCGGGGAGAAGGGCAGUUGAUCUUACCCUACCUGAUGAUCAAAUAAUUUUGCUUGAUUGGAUCAGGAAGCUCUCUGAUGAGGGAAUGCUUCUACAAGCAGGGGAUUCCAGGCUUUCUGAUGGAUCCUACAACCUUUCUGACAUGGAGAACAUGAUUCAUGUUGGACUUCUGUGCACACUUCAUGAUCCUAAAUCAAGGCCUAACAUGAAAUGGGCUGUUGAUGUUCUUUCCGGAAACUUUUAUGGUAAAUUACCAAGUCUUCCUUCAUUCAAGAGCCAUCCUCUUUAUAUCACUUUGUCAUCAUCUCCAAGCAAUUUUAGCUCUAGCUACACCAUCACAACAACAAAGUCCACCACAACACAAUCCUCGACAAGCGUUAGUAAUGCUGCAUUGAACUCAUCAAACUUUGUCACUGCCACGGGGGAGACUAUGUAUGUUACUGCUGAGUUUGAGAACAGCAUUGUUGUCUCUUCUCACAAAAGCUACAUGCGACAAAGUUCGUUUCCAGUUGUUGAGACUCCAAGGGUCAUCACCUAUAAGGAGAUUAUCUCUGCCACAAACAAUUUUGCUGAUUCUCGAAGAGUUGCUGAGGUUGACUUUGGCACGGCGUAUCUUGGUCUUCUUGAGGAUCAUCACCAUGUUCUUGUGAAGCGGCUAGGCAUGAAGACAUGUCCAGCAUUGAGGUUGCGGUUCUCAAACGAGCUCCAAAACUUGGGAAGACUUCGCCACCGGAAUCUUGUUCAGCUUCGUGGAUGGUGUACUGAGCAAGGAGAGAUGCUCGUCGUGUAUGAUUACAGUGCAAGCUGCGUCUUGAGCCAUGUCCUUUUCCAUCACAAAAAAACCAGCAUGAAAUGGCAUCACCGGUACAGCAUAAUCCGAUCGCUUGCUUCUGCUGUUCACUAUCUCCAUGAGGAAUGGGAUGAACAGGUGAUCCAUAGAAGUAUCACAUCUUCUGCAGUAGUCCUGGAAGAGGACAUGAAUCCUAGGCUUGGUUGUUUUGCUCUUGCUGAAUUUUUGGCUCGCAACGAGCAUGGACAUCAUGUUGUUGUAGACAAAAAAAGGUCUACCUGUGGGAUUUUUGGUUACAUGUCACCAGAGUAUGUAGAAAGUGGUGAAGCAACGACAAAAUCUGAUGUUUAUAGCUUUGGUGUUGUGUUGCUUGAGGUGGUAACUGGGCAAAUGGCUGUAGAUUUUCGCUACCCUGAGGUACUAUUGGUGAGGAAAGUUCAUGAAGUUGAGGAGCAGGGAAGAUCAUAUGAAGAUUUAGUAGACUGGAGAUUGGAUGGAAAGUACAACCCCAGGGAAUUGAAGAGAUUGAUUAAACUAGGAAUCGCUUGUACCAGCUCCAAUCCGGAAUCAAGACCAAGCAUGAAGCAGAUCGUAAGCAUACUCGAUGGAUAUGAUCAAUGGCUGAUACAAAAUGUGCAAAAGCAGGAGGAUAGACAUGAAUGGAAACAAAGUAAUUCAACUUCAUUGUCACUCAUAAGAAGAAUUCAAGCACUUGGAAUACAAUGA